AUGGACACAGCUUAUACCUAUACGGCCAAGGACGGCAAAAUCAAGCAUGUUACACAGUACAGAAUUGCUGCCGGUAAUCCAGGCACGUUGCCUGGGACAAAAGGGUCGUAUACGAGCUACCAAAUCCAAAAGACUGCCGAUGUGGCAGAUUGCUCCGAUCAGGCGCAUGUAUACGUUUGGCCUGCUAGGAUCAACCCACCUAUUGACGGCUCCGAUGGCUAUGAUCAUCGCUCUCUAAGCGAAAUCAACUCACAGGGGAUUGAUCUCCACUUCGCAGCCCUGGAUACCAUCAAACCACUCUCUGAGACCAUCUUCCACGAGGUAUAUGUCGACCUUUUAAGAGGUAGUGGACUGCGGAAGCUAAAAUAUGAACAGCUCAUGCACGUUUACGGUGGCCGUAAGUGA